AUGCCAAAGGUCGCCAUAGCCGGUGCCGGCCUAGUUGGCGCGCUAAACGCAUGCUACUUCGCUCAACGUGGUUGGGAAGUGGAGGUAUAUGAAUACAGAAGAGGUGACAACUUUGAAUAUUGUCUUCGCUUGAGCUUAACAUCAGAGCACGUGAAGCCACUAUCUUCCGGUUGCUAUAAAAUAUUUUGCUCAGAUAUAAGAACAAUGGAGCAUGUGCCGGGCCGCAGUAUCAACUUAGCGCUAUCACAAAGAGGAAAAUGCGCACUGGAAGCGGUUGGACUGAAGGAUUACAUUGUUGAACAAGGUACUUUAGAAAAUAUGCCUUCACAAGUUACAAUAAAAUUUGACUACUCACAAGAGUACAUCGGACAUGGCUACAUCGAGUUGAAUAUUCUGCCAAAAAAUGGUGAUUAUGCACUCGAGCCAAAUGUGUUCCAUGUAUGGCCAAGAGGUCAACUCACACUGAUAGCGUUGGCGAACCGUGAUAAAACGUUCACAGUGACUAUAUUCGCCCCGUUCUCCGAAUUCGAAGACAAUAUGUCCACUCCUGAAGAUGUCGCUUCAUUUUUCCAGAAGAACUUUCCCGACGCUUAUGAAUUGCUUGGGAAGGAUCACCUCCUCGAUACAUUCCGCCGCGUUCGUCCACAGCCUUUAGUUUCUAUAAAGUGUCGACCCCAUGAUUUCGGCAAUUUUGUGCUUCUUGCUGGUGAUGCUGCACACGCAAUGGCGCCGUUCUACGGUCAGGGAAUGAAUUGUGUGAGUAAAGCUCCUCUAGGCACUGUCAACAGUGCCUGGGAUUUGAGGACUGUUUAG